AUCGCUCAUUUGCUGCAAGACCGGCAUAAGUCAAAAAAAUCGAUUCGCCAGAAAACGCGUUUAAAGUUUUCAACUUACUACAACCUUAUACGGUGACUCCAACCUUACACCUCUUCUCAAGCGGAGCAUAUAAGAGGUAUGCAUAUGAAUUUUUCACUCAACAUGAAGUAUGAUAUAACGAACAAUUCUGCAGCAUUAACUCAAAAAUCACGUUUUUUGAAUUAUGCCGGUCUUGCAGCAAAUGAGCGAUAUGGUCUACUUCCAUGGGCACAGGUCUUUCACUUCUAUUGCUAUUAAGAAAUUCGACACUCCGAAGGUUUUUUUUUCAACUCUGUGUACAGUUGAUUUUUUUCACAUUUUCCAAUAAAUUCAUCCAGGUAAAUAUGUUUAUAAUAUUAGUUGAGCCUUUAGCCUUCGACACACAAAAGAAAUUUUGCACGAAUUUACAUUGUGUUCAUUAUCCACCGCCAUUUUGCAAAUGUGAGCGUUUGGGGAAUCUCGGGCCACAUAGUUUUUUACAUUUGACAUGCUAACUUCAUAUAUUUGACGUGUAUAAGUGAUUUUUCGUGCAGAAUUUCAACAACACAAUAGUUUUUCAACAUUUCCUGAUAGUUUCGUGCUCCGAAAAAUUUUUUUUAGUCAUUAUGCCGCGGUACUAUCCCAAACAAGAGAAAAUUGUUGAUUUCGACAACAUUUUGGAGGCGAUCAAGUCGGUGAAAAUACAUCACAACAGCGUUCGACAAUCUGCGACGGCACACAAAAUUCCGAGGACCAACCUGAUGCGUUAUAUUGCAGCAUUUGAUGGUGCUAGCAUCGACGUUACUACUGUCAAUGCCGAUGUAAUGAAGAAUUUGCUGUCUGAAAGCACGCGAUGGGCACAAAAACAAUCUUCAACAUCGAACAAGAGAAGGCGCUGAUAAGCUACAUUCUCCAGGCAGGCGACAUCAACUAUGGAAUUAGUUUGAUGGAACUUCGUAAGCUCGCGUAUGAAUUUGCUCGGAAAGUUGGCGCGUCAUAUCCGGAUCCAUGGAACGACAAUCAACAGGCGAGUAAGGAUUGGCAGUUGGCGUUCAUGAAACGCCACAAAAAUUUGUCACUGCGAACACCAGAGCAAGUAAGCCAGAGCCGUGCGAAGCGAUUCAGCAAAGAGAAUGUCGAUGCAUUCUUUGCCAACCUUUCAUCCGUUCUCGGUAAGACGCCGUUUGAACCUCACCGAAUAUGGAACAUGGAUGAAACCGGGUGCCCGACCGUGCCAACUAGAUCUGUCAAAACCAUCGCGCGCAAAGGACAAAAGCAGGUCGGCUCAUCAACAUCUGCCGAAAAAGGCACCAAUGUGUCUUUGGCUUUGGCCGUCAGCGCUAGUGUCCAGUCUAUACCGCCAUUCUUCCUCUUUCCCCGAGUCAACAUGAAAGAGAUUUUUAUGACUCAUGCGAGUCAUGGCGCUGUUGGUGUUGCGAACGGUUCUGGUUACAUGAACUCUGACGUAUUCCCUCAAUUCAUGCGUCAUUUCAUCAAGCACACCGGUGCUAAUGCCGAUUCGCCAACCAUGUUGCUGCUGGACAACCACGGUUCGCAUUUAUCGAUCGAGGCGAUAGAUUUGGCGUUGGAUCAUGGCAUCACGUUGCUGUCUUUUCCGCCGAAAUGCACGCAUAUAAUGCAGCCGCUAGAUGUCGCGGUAUUUACACCAUUUAAAGGCAUGAUGACCGUGAAGCAUGAUGCAUGGAAAAAGUCCAACAUUGGUGUCACUUUCGAUCUGCAUCAUGUGCCGCCCCUUGUCGACCAGUGCCUCGAUGUUAUGUUAACGCCGAAAACCAUCAAAUCCGGCUUCCGAACAACUGGCAUCUACCUGUUCAACCCGCAAAUUUUCACUGAAGUUGACUUUGUCGCUUCGGAACUGAGCGGCGAAAAUUUAUUCGGUGACGAAGAGAAAGACGCCGACAACCAACGUCGAGUUCUUGCCUCUGGUGAUGCCAUUGUGACUGCUGCGAAUGAGGAGGUGUCAACGUCGGAGGCAUCGACAAGUUCCCCAGCUUCAACAAGUGGUGCUGCAUCAUCGUCGUUGUCUCUUGUUUCGGCUCCACAGCUCCGUGAUGCAUUGAAAUAGGUUGGCUCGUUGAAAUUGGGCACACCUGCGCCGAAAUCAAAACGUGGCCGCAAGACAAUGAAGUCAAUGAUUUUGACAUCGCCUGAGGUUGUCGCAGAUCUGCGUGACAAGGCCGAAAAAAGCGGCAAAAAUUGACGAAGGCAGCCGAUGAACCAGCAGCCAAGAAGCAAAAAGGCCGUGGCAAAUCGAAGACGCCAAGGAAGAGAAGCCCGUCUCCGACCGAAACCGACAUCGAAGAGGACUUCGAUUUUUGCACGAUUUGCAAGAAAAAGAUGCCGAAGCACGAGAAUCGUCAAAACACGGCUCAUUGCAUCGUUUGUGAUCGAGGGGUUCACUUGAAAUGUGCCGGAACGAACCCGAACACUUACACCUGCAUCCACUGCGAGUCGGAAUAAUUUUUUUCGCCAAUUCCUAUUUUUCUCUCUUUCAUUUCCAUUGAUAAAUAAACGUUUUUCACCGGUAACAAUCUUGUUUUAAUCGAUUUUUUUUAUUUUUUUUUGUAGAAUUUUAUCAAACCAAUGUUAUCAAAGGGAAGGUUACGACUCGCACUACAAAUUCUUGCUUUGGAAUUUUAACAAAAAAUAACUUUUAUGUGACUUUUUAACCGAAAUCAAAACGUGGCCCAACAUUCCCCAUCUUCCCCUACCCUAUUGUUUGAAUCGUAAUUAUUUUGUGAGGGGUAAUAACGCUGCCCAUAGUUACUAUAUUUAUUUUUAUUUUGCUGAAUUAAUCCAGUAUCCUCUAAGCAAUAAAAAGCUUCCCUUAGUUUUCUAACAUCCCUACUCAAAAUUAUGGAGGACAAAUGAGGACUAAUUCCGUUCAAGAAGGUUUUUAGAAAAAAUGGCUCGUUGGCUUCCGGUAAAAAGGCUAUGAGUUUCUCACAAUCAAAUUCGUACUUAAUAUUAGUUUUAUCUAAAAUAUUCCUUAAUUUUACAAAAUAGUCACUUACAUUGUAGUGCUUAACGUUGAUUGCCUGGUGGUACAGACUCCUGUAGCUCUCCUUUACCCCGAAGUUCCGGAUGAGUUCCUCCUUUACGUCGUCGUCGUUAUAUGUACAUUAUCUAGUUUAAGCUUCCUAUAUCGUGGUGCGUUCUUAUGACGUACUGCCACAUAAUUCUUAACAAAUGCUUCUUCUUUAUUUAUUGCAACAUUUUCUCUUUUUUCAUUAAGUUUUUUAAUAUUGUUUUCUUUUGUUUAUUUUAAUUUUUUGAAUAUUAUUUCUUUAUUUACUUUCCCAUUUUCUAUGUACAUUGGUCUUUCCUUAAUUACCGAAUAAUUCGAUUUGUUAUUAAAUUCCAUACAUCUAAACAUUUUUUCUUGAACUGAGAGAGUCCUAUAUUCUAAUUCAGCAAAUCUAAGUUUUUCGCUAAUAGUAUUAUGAAAACAUUCUAUAUCCGAAUUCCCUGUUUGACUAUUUGGCUUGGUAAAAUGAACCUCUAUAUUUUCUAUGUUAAAAAAAUCCUUAACAUUAACGUUAUUAAAUCCAUUAUCAUCUAUAAUUUUUCUUGGCUUUCCUUUAAUAGAAACAUAUUGUCUAAGUUUUUCAACAAGAGUCAAACUAGUUCUGUUUUCCAAAGGCAAUGCCAUUGCAAAUUUUGAGAAUUUAUCUAUAGUUGUCAUAAAAGUUUGCUUUACGAGUGUAAAAGUAUCAACAUGAACAAUAUCAUUAAUUUCAGUAGGGGUUUGUGUUAUGUGAAACUUAGGUUUCAACGGAUUUCUGUCAUACUUUACUUUAUUACAUAUACCGCAAUUGUUUAUAUAUUUUUGUAUUAACUCUUUUAGUUUUUUAAUAUAUAUAAGGUGUUUUAAACCAUUAUAAUUUUCAUUUAUGCCAGCAUGCCCAGUUUCAUAUUUGUGGUACUUUGAAAUGUACCGAUAUGCCUCUGUUUCAUCUGACAAGUCUUUGGCAUGAAAUAAACAUUUAAAGAAUUUUUUACUAUUGCCAAAUUUUUCGAUUAAUUUUAGUUGAACUUUGUUGUAUUCGGAGUCAGCUAUUUCUGAAAAAAUUCCCGCUUUUUUAGUUUUACCAUGUGUCCUUAAGAUGUCUACCAUGUAUUCGCUAUUAAUGUCAUCUUGGCUUAUGUAAAUCUUAAGAUUUUUACCUAUUUUUUCAGCGUCUCAUACUUUAUGUUCACAUAAAAUAAUUUGAGUCUGAAAACGAUUGAUGACAGAUUCAAGUGUAGGGAUAUGGUCAUCUAAUUCUUCUACUUGAGAGUGAAUUGUAGCUGCUGUACUCAUGUUAUCAUCUUCUUCAGAAGUUUGAUUUAUGAGGAAGAUUUCUCCAGAAUCUACAUCUAAUCUGCUAAGAAAGUCGGCCAAUGUAUUUUCUUUGCCUUUUAUAUAUUGAAUACAUAUAUCGUAUUCUCCAAGUUUCAGAAGCCACCUUUGUAAUCGAGGUUAUGUCUUUUCCUUUAUAUUUUGUUUGUAACCACUUAAGUGGUAAAUGAUCUGUUAAAAGAUCGAAUUGCCUACCAUAAAUGUAGGGUCUAAAAUAAUUAACCCUUUCUGUGAUUCUAUGCCAUAUGGCAUAGCCACUUCUUGAAGCCCAUUUUAGGUCAUAAUGUGUGUGGGUACACUUUUUUUAUUCUUCUUCUUCUUUACUGGCGUAGACACCGUUUACGCGAUUAUAGCCGAGUCAACAACAGCGCGCCAGUCGUUUCUUCUUUUCGCUACGUGGCGCCAAUUGGAUAUUCCAAGCGAAGCCAGGUCCUUCUCCACUUGGUCCUUCCAACGGAGUGGAGGUCUUCCUCUUCCUCUGCUUCCCGCGGCGGGUACUGCGUCGAAUACUUUCAGAGUUGGAGUGUUUUCAUCCAUCCGGACAACAUGACCUAGCCAGCGUAGCCGCUGUCUUUUAAUUCGCUGAACUAUGUCAAUGUCGUCGUAUAUCUCGUACAGCUCAUCGUUCCAUCGAAUGCGAUAUUCGCCGUGGCCAACGCGCAAAGGACCAUAAAUCUUUCGCAGAACUUUUCUCUCGAAAACUCGCAACGUCGACUCAUCGGUUGUUGUCAUCGUCCAAGCCUCUGCACCAUAUAGCAGGACGGGAAUUAUGAGCGACUUAUAGAGUUUGGUUUUUGUUCGUCGAGAGAGGACUUUACUUUUCAAUUGCCUACUCAGUCCGAAGUAGCACCUGUUGGCAAGAGUAAUCCUGCGUUGGAUUUCCAGGCUGGUUCCAAGAUAAACGAAAUUAUCUACAACUUCAAAGUUAUGACUGUCAACAGUGACGUGAGUGCCAAGUCGCGAGUGCGACGACUGUUUGUUUGAUGACAGGAGAUAUUUCGUCUUGCCCUCGUUCACUGCCAGACCCAUUUGCGUUGCUUCCUUGUUCAGUCUGGAGAAAGCAGAACUAACGGCGCGGGUGUUGAGACCGAUGAUAUCAAUAUCAUCGGCAUACGCCAGCAGCUGCACACUCUUAUAAAAGAUUGUACCUGCUCGAUUCAGUUCUGCAGCUCUAAUAAUUUUCUCCAGAAGCAGGUUGAAAAAGUCGCACGAUAGGGAGUCGCCUUGUCUAAAACCUCGUUUGGUAUCGAAGGGCUCGGAGAGGUCCUUCCCGAUCCUGACGGAGCUUUUCGUGUUGCUCAACGUCAGUUUACACAGCCGUAUUAGUUUUGCGGGGAUACCAAAUUCAGACAUCGCGGCAUAAAGGCAGCUCCUUUUCGUGCUGUCGAAAGCAGCUUUGAAAUCGACGAAUAGGUGGUGAGUGUCGAUUCUCCUUUCACGGGUCUUUUCCAAGAUUUGGCGCAUGGUGAAUAUCUGGUCGGUUGUUGAUUUACCGGGUCUGAAGCCACACUGAUAAGGUCCAAUCAGUUUGUUGACGAUGGGCUUUAAUCUUUCACACAAUACGCUCGAUAGAACCUUGUACGCGAUGUUGGGGAGGCUUAUCCCACGGUAGUUGGCGCAGAUUGUGGGAUCUCCUUUUUUAUGGAUUGGGCAUAGCACGCUUAGAUUCCAAUCGUUGGGCAUGCUUUCGUCCGACCAUAUUUUACAAAGAAGCUGAUGCAUGCUCCUUAUCAGCUCUUCGCCGCCGUGUAUGAAUAGCUCGGCCGGCAAUCCGUCGGCCCCUGCCGCUUUGUUGUUCUUCAGGCGGUCAAUUGCUCUUCGAACUUCUUCAUGGCCGGGUAAUGGAACGUCUGCUCCAUCGUCAUCGAUUGGGGAAUCGGGUUCGCCUUCUCCUGGUGUUAUGCGUUCACUGCCAUUCAGCAGGCUGGAGAAGUGUUCCCUCCAUAAUCUAAGUAUGCUCUGCGCAUCGUUGGCUAGAUCACCUUUGGGGGUUCUACAAGAGUAUGCUCCGGUCUUGAAACCUUCUGUAAGCCGCCGCAUUUUUUCGUACAAUUUUCGAGCAUUACCCCUGUCGGCCAGCUUAUCAAGCUGUUCGUACUCACGCAUUUCGGCCUCUUUCUUCUUCUGUCUGCAAAUGCGUCUCGCUUCCCUCUUCAACUCUCGGCAUCUAUCCCAUCCCGCACGUGUUGUGGUCGAUCGUAACGUUGCGAGGUAGGCAGCCUGUUUUCUCUCCGCUGCGACACGGCACUCCUCGUCGUACCAGCUGUUCUUUUGCACUUUUGUACGUAAGGAGUUUGAAAUGCCGUCACACAGUUCCCUUAUACCGAGUUGUUGACGAGUGCUCUCAGAGAGCAGGAGUGCAAGCCGAGUAGAAAAUCGUUCGGCUGUCUGUUGUGAUUGCAGCUUCUCGACGUCGAACCUUCCUUGUGUUUGUUGGCGUGCGUUUUUCGCUGCACAGAGGCGGGUGCGAAUCUUGGCUGCAACAAGAUAGUGGUCCGAGUCGAUGUUAGGACCUCGGUGCGCACGCACAUCUAAAACACUGGAUACGUGUCUUCCCUCUAUCACAACAUGAUCGAUCUGGUUGGUGGUUUUUCGAUCCGGAGACAGCCAGGUAGCUUGAUGUAUCUUCUUAUGCUGGAAUCUAGUACUACAGAUAACCAUAUUUUGGGCCCGGCGAAGUCGAUCAGCCUCAACCCAUUUGGGAAUGUUUCCUCGUGGAGGCUAAAUUUACCGACCGUAGUGCCAAAGAUACCUUCUUUGCCCACCCUGGCGUUGAAGUCGCCAAGCACGAUUUUGACAUCGUGGUGGGGGCAUCUCACAUAAGUGCGCUCCAAGCACUCAUAAAAGGCAUCUUUGGUCACAUCGUCCUUCUCUUCCGUCGGGCCGUGGGCGCAAAUGUUGAAGAACCUCGCUUUGAUGCGGAUUGUCGCUAGACGUUCAUUCUCCGGAGUGAAUUAUAGUACUCGGCGACGGAGUCUCUCUCCCACCAUGAAUCCAACACCAAACUUGCGCUCCUUUAUAUGGCCACUGUAGUAAAUGUCACAAGGGCCUACUCGUCUCUGUCUUUGUCCCGCCCAUCGCAUUUCUUGGACGGCGGUGAUGUCAGCCUUUAUCUUUACGAGGACAUCUACCAGCUGGGCAGCGGCACCUUCCCAAUUAAGGGACCGGAUAUUCCAGGUGCAUGCCCUCAAAUCAUAGUCCUUAUUUCGUUUGCCAUGGUCGUCAUCAAAAGGAGGCUGUGUUUGCUUUUUCAUUAGGGGUGUUUUUUUACGUGGCGGGUCCCAAACCCAGCGCACAACCCUAAGUAGGGAAUAUUUCGCCUUCUCACUUUAGCUCGCCUUCAAACGGAUGUUCUUAGGCUACUUCGUCAAAGACCGGAAGUCGUGAUCUGCUUGAGUCAUAUGUAAAAGAAUCGUUUCUGGCCACUCCCAAGUGAAUGGCGAUCAGAGAACUUUCCUCACUUGCGUGAACUUCUACAUAUGACUCCAUCCUCCAGCGAUUAGUCAUUUGAAAACGAAUAGCAUUCAGCGAAGUUGCUGCCACAAAGGCGAAUGUGGAAAACGAAAAUGUGCAAAUGAAGAAAUGAAAGAAGUAAUGAUGCGACACUGCAAAUUUGAAUUUGAACCGUUGAGCAAAGCGACAAAGCGUAUGUCACCAGCUCCGAUGUUCACGGGGGUCUCAACAAAUGUUAGGUUAUAUACGAUGGCUACGUGUUAGCCAAAUAGAAUCGUUUUCACUUUUUCAUUUAACACUUUUCAACGAUCGAAGAUCUCACAGCAACCACAUUGCAUAUCACGAUUUCACAAAUUCACAACGUGCACAUAUAUGUACUUACAUAUAUAUCAAACGUUACUAGACGUUUAAGCGUGUUGGUACAAUUCCACUUGUUUAAGCGUGAUGGUUCAAUUCCACUUGUUUAAGCGUAUUGAUACAAUUCUACUUCUGAAUAUUGUCAUUUGCACAUUUGAGCGUAACGAUACGAUUCCUUUUGAAUGUUGACACGAUACACAUGAGCAGUACAAACGAUACGUUUAUGAUAACACAAAUUAAAUUUAUUUAAAAAGAAACAAUUAAUAAAGAAAUACAAAUAUAAAUGAAUGUAAUUUUUCGGCAGUCGACCCGUCUUCGAUGGUUGUUGCUCUUCGACUUCUCUUCAACAACUCACACCGAAAAAAAAAAUUAUACCCUUUUCCAUUAUAUGUAGGCAGAUCGGAAAAAAUAAUAAUUUUUAGGCAUUUAAAUUAAAACACCCAACAUUUAUUACGAUUAAAAAUUACUAUAUAGAGGUCGUUUAAUAUACGGAGAAACUACUUAUUUAAAUAUUUUUAUGGUACCAUAUGUUAAAACCACUGACUUUUGACCAUUCAAUACCCAAUAAAAAGAUUUAAGCUUGUUAUCUCUCAAUCAGUAAAUUUCCAUUGAAAAUAAUACUAUGAUGCUUCAAAUUAUAAAACGUUUCAUCAAACACCUUUAAUUUCACAAAUUUAUUUAAUUUUCAUUGUUUUACAUUUUUUAUAAGUGAUCUUGAACGAUGCAACAAAUCCCUCCCAUAUAUUUUGGGUUAGAUUUCAAUCUGGCCAUCCCUCGUUUCCAAUUGCUAAACAUCAAAACCUUCUUCACUUCCUAUGAGAGAUCAGUUCGGUAUCUCAUUAUCUCUGGAUUAGGCAUUGCUGGGCUUGCUCUCGACUUUGUGGAAUAGCUUCAUCAGGUGUUUGAGUGGACCGCUAAGUGACCAUACGCAUUAUGUUUUCUAGACGCCGAAAAGCUGUAUAUUCAGGUGUCUCUAAUGCGCGAUGAAAAGCUAUGUGAAUCUCAUUAUCCUGACGUCGAGCAUCAGCUUGGGCAGAAGUUUCUCUAGCUCUGUCUUCUACCUGGCGUGCUGCGUGCUCACGUCUGCACCGUUCAGCAGGUAGCAAAUAAUAGUUAUAUGAGUUUCAGGCAAGCAAAAGCGAAACUUGGUCUAGAUGUGACUUACCAGAUAUGUGCCUUAAAUAUGAAAAUGGAGUGCCUAGGCGACGCCUUAAGCAACGUAAUAAAAAUGCAAAUUGCACUUCAAGAAAUAUAUAAAUUUUGGGAACAAGAAUUCUAGUGAUGAAAAGAAAUUUAAUUUAUACGGGCCAACUGGUCUUCAUAAAUAUUGAAUAGAUUUGAAAUGCCCGCGAGAGGUAUGCCAUAAAGGCGUUCAUUGUGGUGGAUUACAAAUGGUAUAAGUAGAAUUUUUAUCAAAACGAAAGUCCCAAAUAUACUUUCAGACAGGCAAAAUGAAUGAAGAAAUUUACACUGAUUUGUUGAGAAACGAACUCCUUGAUUUUGCUGUUCAUUUGCAUGGUAUAAAUGAAUUUUCCAAUGCAUCGGUCCAUGUAGCUGAGUAGACAAAAGCGUUUUUUAACUCUCGGAAAAUUUUAUUGCUUAAGUAGGCCACUUAUGUAGUGGGUCUUAUGUCCAGAUUUGAAUUCGAUCUAGGAUCUGUGGAGAGUUCUUUCAGGCAAAAUAAAUAAGACAAAAUUCAUAUGUACGUCUUUAAAAAAAAUGGUGCAGUCAAUGCUUCAUCAUACUUCAUCAUCUAAUUGAUGAAAAUACUUAAGGGUAUUGGAAUAUUUUUUCUCGUAUAAAAUUUUAAUUAAAAAAUAUUUGAAUGUAAUUUAUAAUGAGUAAAAUAAAGGAAAUUCGUACCUGAAUAUGUAUUUUUUUGUAUUAUCAUUAUAUUUUUUUUCUUUUUGUAAAAAGGCCUUUACUAUAUAAGUUAACACAUUAUUCUGCUAGGCUGCCCACUGCAGCGUUCUUAGAACUACACCCCGGCAGCCAGUAAGCGUGGUAAUAGUCCGCGUCAGCAUUUCCUAAUCAACGGGAAAAUUCUACGCUAAUACAAUAUCAGCGCGGUAUCAGCGAUUCACCUGUUGUCUAAGCGACAACAACAACCGCAGAUGUAGUUGAACAACAACAACAGUUGAACGACAACAACAACAUCAGGUGCAGUAGCAGCAGAAAUGCCAAAAUUGUGCCAAGUGUAGGGAAAUCAGGCAGGGCUCACAUUUUUAAGUUUUAAGACUUAAGUCAGACUUGAACAAAAGCACAUAGUGCUUAAUAAAAGUUCGUUGAUUACAAAAGUUUAACUUAAAAUUAAUUAUAAGAAAACCCUGGACAACAGCACAUAGAGCUGAGGAUUAACUGGCGCACAACGCGGAUAGGAUCAACACGGACGAAAUCAUACCAAGGAGAACGAUCUUUAAUAUUUUCAUGUAAGUACUCAGCGAUCGAUAUAAUAGAAAAAAGAAAACAGAAAAAGAAUAAAUAAAGUUAUAAAUAAAAUUUAUUGAAGUUAGCAUUGCGCUAAGUUAGUGAAAUUUUUGAAGUGUAAGCAAAAUUUUUAAGGUGGUCAUUAUUUGUGUGUUUAACUAAUCACUAAGAAAUUAUCGUUAUAAUAAACAAGUAAGGAAGGGCUAAGUUCGGAUGUUACCGAACAUUUUAUACUCUCGCAUAAUAAAGUGAUAAUCGAGAUUUCAUUAUCCGUCAUUUAUAUAUGUAUUUUUUUAUGUUGCAGUAAAAAUAAUUAGAAUUAAAUUCUGGGAGAUUUACCGAUAUUUUCGGUGAAAAAUUAGGUUAAGUUAGGUUAGGCACGGAGUUCUUCGUGUUCGAUAUCAGGGACCUUGAAAAGUUAUAGUCCGAUCACGACAAUUUUUCCACAAGGGAUACCUCAGCUCAAAUACCGUAUUUGUGUAAAGCUUUAUUCCGCUAUCAUCAUUGGCUCCUAAAGUAUAUAUUAUACAGAGAAGGCAUCAGAUGGAAUUCAAAAUAGCGUUAUAUUGGAAGAAGGCGUGGUUGUGAACCGAUUUCACCUAUAUUUCGUACAUGUCAUCAGGGUGUUAAGAAAAUAUUAUAUAUUAUUUCAUUGAAAUCGGUGGAGUAGUUCCUGAGAUAUGGUUUUUGGUCCAUAAGUGGGCGACGCCACGCCCAUUUUCAAUUUUUAAAAAAAAGUCUGGGUGUUGCUUUGCUCUGCCAUUUCUUUCGUAAAAUUUGGUAUUUCUGACGUUUUUUGUUAGUCGGUUAACGCACUUUUAGUGAUUUUCAACAUAACCUUUGUAUGGGAGGUGGGCGUGGUUAUUAUCCGAUUUCUUCCAUUUUUGAACUGUAUAUGAAAAUGCCCGAAGAAAACGACUCUACAGAGUUUGGUUGACAUAGCUAUAGUAGUUUCCGAGAUAUGUACAAAAAACUUAGUAGGGGGCGGGGCCACGCCCACUUUUCAAAAAAAAGUACGUCCAAAUAUGGACCUCCCUAAUGCGAUCCUUUGUGUCAAAUUUCAUUUUAAUAUCUUUAUUUAUGGCUUAGUUAUGACACUUUAUAGGUUUUUGGUUUCCGCCAUUUUGUGGGCGUGGCAGUGGGCCGAUUUUGCCCAUCUUCGAACUUAACCUUCUUAUGGAGCCAAGAAAUACGUGUACCAAGUUUUAUCACGACAUCUCAAUUUUUACUCAAGUUACAGCUUGCACGGACGGACGGACAGACAGACAUCCGGAUUUCAACUCUACUCGUCACCCUGAUCACUUUGGUAUAUAUAACCCCAUAUUUGACUCUUUUAGUUUUAGGACUUACAAACAACCGUUAUGUGAACAAAACUAUAAUACUCUCCUUAGCAACUUUGUUGCGAGAGUAUAAAAAUUAAAGAGGAAGAGAAUAAAUAAAGUUAUAAAUAAAAUUUAUUGAAGUUAUAUUUUUAAAAAAUAGCACAUAGUGCUAAAUUAGUAAUGUUUCUGAAGAGUAAGCAAAAUUUUUAAAGUGGUCUUAGGGCUAAAUUAUUUGUGUGUUUAACUAACCACUAAAAAAGUGCGCUAAAGAACAAAUAUCAUCGUUGACACAGUCGGGUUGUAAAUGACAUUAAAAUUAAUGAGGAGACAUUGAGGGUAAUCAGUUGCCGUCACUGCUGCUACGGAAAGGACUAGGGCCUCCUUCGAGUGGACAAUAGGACAUCUGACUGAACGUCUAAAGGCUUUAGAAACCCCAUUAGAAGUGGAAGAAUAUGAAGCAGUGACUAUAAACCCGACUGUUCGGUGUGGGGAAUCUUUAGAAAUAAUUAAAUCUCUGCCGGAAUUCAGUGGCGAAAAGUCACGAUAUGUUAGUUGGUGGAAAGCUACAUUUGCUGCCUAUAAAUUUUUUGAAAAUUAAGGGGUUACAUACGUCCAGAACUUAAAAAAAAUCGAUUUUUUUUAUAGUUUAUUAAUUCCCCAUAGACACAAAGUUAUGGUAGAAAAUCAGACCGCCCGGCGAGGGUUUUAUACACACAGGUGAAAGUUUAAACGCGUUUUUCUCGAAACUACUUUUCCCGGCACGGUCUGCAUGAUAACUCAUACAGUUUUUAACAUUUUUUGAUGCGGUUUUUUUUUAAAUAUUCGAAAAUGUUUUCCCUAUACUCUGUCGAGCCGGAUUUUUGAUAUUUUUAUUAAAAAAUUUUAUAAACAUAAUUAAAGUGUGACAUUUAUGACGUAAAACGCAUUUUUUUUCUAAAUUCCGUAAAUUGGAAAAUUUUUCGAAAUUAAAAAAUUCGGCUCGACAGACUAUAGAGAAAAGGCUGAAGGCCUAGUAGCCAGUGCUGCGAUUUCAUGUAUUUAUAUAAUAAAUAUUUUAUUGUAUAAAUGAUUAUAAAAUAAAAAAAAUAAAUAAAAAAAUAAUUGAAAAAUGAAAGGAACCUCAAUUUAGCACUUUAAAAAAUGUGCGUUUAAUAUGGACCAUGAUGUGUUUAAUAUGGUCCAUAUUUAAUAUCAUUUAAGAGCUGCAAAAUUCACAGAUGAAGUAUGUUUUUUCGUUUCCAGAACAUAGUUCAUGUGCCCACAUUGUACAUAUAACACAUUGCAUCCAUGAUUCUCCUCCUUUAUCAUCAGAAAAUAGACCGUCACAAUAGAUGCAUUUUUCGUCUUCCUGAUUAGAUCUAUCUGGACUAAGAUCCGGCGAGUCAUUUACCACGAAGUUGUCGUCACUUUCUGAUGAAGUGUUUUCUUCUACACUUUGAAGUUUCUUCUGAAAAACACGUUCGGAGUUAAUAUUUUAAAAAUUAUUUUGUAGUUUCUAUCUAAGUACUCGUACCUUCUUUUUUAAAAUGUUUUCUUUUCGGGUGCGCUUUGCCACUUUUGGCUUAAGUUUCUUGACAUGCGUCUCAGUCUUUGUUUUCUUCAGAGAUUCUUCUAGAGCCUGCUUGUAUGGUGACGAUGAAAUUAGUUCUGAUUUUCCCGAUUUUCGUCCGCGGUUUGAAGUUUUUUUGGUACGGACCGGUAUCGGAGAAAUGUCUUGAGGCUUUAUGUAAGACCUUGAUUGCAUACCUGAGGACGUAGAAGGUUCGAAAGAAAUCGGUUCUUCGAAAUUAGAAACACGUGUCAAAUAUGGCCCACUGGUCCAUAUUAUCAACAUCUAAAUGGGCCAUAUUGCCCACACCACACACUUUUCACUUUUUUCUUUAUUUAUGCAUACUUCACUAGUUAUUUAUUAAAGUUAGAUUCCACUUCAAGAAAACAGGUUCAAUCACUGUAUAUUUAACACUCCCA